AUGAAUGUCGAGAUCCCUUCAAUGCUUGUGACAAACGACGACGAGGAGUCCGUAGAGGUUGAAAUGGAUAAGAUGGUUAUCCAUUGUGCUUCCCAUCGUUCAUCAACAGCCAGCGCAUUUCUCAUGCCAGAUUUCACCAAUCAAGAUAUAAUAUUAGAAGAUAAAUACGAGUACAAUGAUUCUUUGGACGCCAUGAUUGGUAUGGGUGCAUUCGGAGCAGUUUUCAAAGGACACGUCAAAGAUUCAGAUAAUGUGGUUGCCAUAAAAAGAAUGCUCAAAGUGCACGUAAAAGAAAGUGAAUUAAAGAUGAUUAAACUUCUUCUGGAUAACAUCGCUCGUGGAUACAAAGCUCUUUAUGAGUUGAAAAUCGUUCAUCGAGACAUCAAACCACAAAACAUACUGAUCACUUAUACGGAUGCAUCGAAACAAAUUGCCUGCGCCAGGAUUACCGACUUUGGUAUUGCAAGAACCCUGGACGAUGAAGGAGAGGAGUUGUGCAACGUCGCUGGCACAUUCUAUUACAUGGCUCCAGAAGUUGGGGCAAAUCUGUUAAAAACCUGUCAGUAUGACUCAAAAGUCGAUAUGUGGAGUAUUGGAUGUCUUCUAUAUCAAUGUGUAACUGGAGAGGUCCCAUUCGACGAGUGCAGUCUUUGUAAGCUUUUCCUUUAUGUGGCGGGGGCCAAUUUCGACGCCUACGACCCUCCCGAGUUGCCUGUUGAGUUGAGUCAAGAGGUUUCUGGCAUCAUCCAAUCACUUCUUCAACUUGACACCACUCAACGAUGUACACCUACUCAGUUCUACAACAAAGCAAUCACUUGGAGUCAACAAAUAUGUUAA